AUGGCGACGAUGGAGAGUUUGAUUGGGCUGGUGAACAGGAUACAGAGGGCUUGCACGGCCCUCGGAGACUACGGCGGCGGCGACCAGGCCUUUUCCUCUCUGUGGGAUGCGCUCCCCUCCGUUGCCGUCGUCGGUGGCCAGAGUUCGGGAAAGUCAUCAGUGUUGGAGAGUAUUGUAGGGCGUGAUUUUCUUCCCCGAGGCUCUGGAAUUGUUACUAGGCGCCCGUUAGUAUUGCAACUGCAGAAAACAGAAGAUGGGCAGCAGGAAUAUGCAGAAUUUGGGCAUAUGCCUCGUAGACGAUUUAGUGAUUUUGCCUUGGUUCGUAAGGAAAUUCAAGAUGAAACUGAUAGAAUUACGGGAAAGUCAAAACAAAUCUCUCCUGUUCCUAUUCACCUGAGUAUCUAUUCGCCUAAUGUUGUCAAUUUGACUCUGAUUGAUCUUCCUGGGUUGACAAAAGUUGCUGUUGAGGGGCAGCCUGAAAGUAUAGUCGAGGACAUUGAAAAUAUGGUUCGCUCAUAUGUUGAGAAGCCCAACUGCAUCAUCCUGGCAAUAUCUCCAGCAAACCAGGACAUUGCCACUUCGGAUGCAAUUAAACUUGCAAGGGAAGUUGACCCAUCAGGUGAACGCACAUUUGGGGUGCUGACAAAACUUGAUCUGAUGGAUAGGGGAACUAAUGCACUGGAUGUUCUAGAAGGAAGAUCCUACCGCUUACAGCACCCUUGGGUGGGUAUCGUAAAUCGUUCCCAGGCCGAUAUCAACAAAAAUGUUGAUAUGAUUGCUGCUAGGCGAAAGGAGCGUGAGUAUUUUGCCACAAGUCCAGACUAUGGACACUUGUCUAGUAAGAUGGGUUCGGAAUAUCUUGCAAAACUGCUCUCUAGGCAUUUGGAAUCUGUAAUUAAGGCAAGAAUACCAAGUAUCACCUCAUUAAUUAACAAGAGCAUUGAUGAACUUGAAUCUGAGCUAGACCACCUUGGAAGGCCUAUUGCUGUUGAUGCUGGGGCUCAAUUAUAUACCAUCUUGGAACUUUGCCGUGCUUUUGACAAGAUAUUUAAGGAGCAUUUGGAUGGAGGCCGACCUGGAGGGGAUCGAAUUUAUGGAGUUUUUGACAAUCAGCUGCCCGCUGCUUUGAGAAAACUUCCAUUUGAUCGACACCUUUCGGUGCAAAAUGUGAGAAAAAUUGUUUCAGAAGCUGAUGGUUAUCAGCCACACUUAAUUGCUCCUGAGCAAGGCUAUCGCCGGCUUAUUGAAGGGUCACUAAAUUAUUUUAGAGGCCCUGCUGAAGCUUCAGUGGAUGCUGUCCACUUUGUACUCAAGGAGCUUGUGAGGAAGUCAAUUGGAGAGUGUCAGGAACUGAAACGAUUUCCAACUUUGCAAUCAACUAUAGCUGGAGCUGCUAAUGAAGCUUUGGAAAGGUUUCGUGAGGAGAGCAAGAAAACGGUGGUUAGAUUGGUCGACAUGGAGUCUUCAUAUCUGACUGUUGAUUUCUUCCGGAAACUUCCUCAGGAAGUUGAGAAAAUGGGACCACCCGGGGGAAAUCCACGUGAUCAUUCUCCGGCCGCCUCGAAUGUUGACCGCUAUGCAGAAACACACUUCAGGCGGAUCGGUUCGAACGUCUCGUCUUACAUAAAUAUGGUCUCGGAUACUCUGAGGAACACUAUUCCCAAGGCGGUAGUUUACUGUCAAGUCAAGGAAGCCAAACAGAAUUUGCUCAAUUAUUUUUACACUCAAAUUGGGAAAAGAGAGGGCAAGCAACUUGUGGAACUGUUGGAUGAGGACCCUGCAUUGAUGGAGAGGAGGCAGCAAUGUGCCAAAAGGCUCGAACUAUAUAAGAAAGCAAGGGACGAGGUUGACUCUGUGGCUUGGGUUCGUUGA